GGGAUCAAGGGACGCGGCAUUUGGCUUGGGGACCUUUGGUCCUAUGGGAACCACUAUAGGAGCCCACUAGUAGCAAGACAUGGUGGCAGGGGGGCGGGGAGAAACGGAGAGAACAGCAGCAAAGUGUCCUAGUUGCUCCUGAAACGUGGCGACCAGAGACUUCCAAUGAGUAUGCUGGCGACACGUGAUGCCGGCGGAGGCAGAGCUGUAGGGCGGAGGGAUAAAGGGAGCAGGAGGGAGGCGCGCCGUUAGUGCAGGGGGCGGAGGACGCGGGCCUUGGGCGGGCGGUGGAGACUCUAGGCGGAGGAGCCGCUGCACCCCAAUCCCCGCAGCCCCGGAGCGGGAGCUACGCGUACAGGACGGUGCUGAGGCUGCGCCGGGAGAGCAGCAGCUGCGGAGGCGGUGGCGGUCGUCCCUGGGUCCCCAACGCAUCCUCCGUGCUACCGCCGAACCUGGGCCCCCAAGGAGCUGCGGCGACUCAAGUUCCCGCCAUGAACAGCUGGCUGGCAGGGCUCAUCAGCCCCGGGGACUCCCGUCUGGGAGAGCGCGAGCGCAGCGCCCAGCGUCCCCGACGCGCCUGACGCUGCCAUAGCAGGUCCCGCUACCUCCACCGCCACCGCUGCGUCCUCACCACCACCUCCACCACUGCCGCCUCGGCUGUAGCAGCAUCUCCAGCAGCAUGUCUCGCAGGAAGAUCUCAUCCGAGUCCUUUAGUUCCCUAGGCUCUGACUACCUGGAAACCAGCCCAGAGGAGGAAGGGGAGUGCCCCCUGUCCAAGCUUUGCUGGAAUGGCAGUCGGAGCCCGCCAGGGCUACAGGGCUCCAGAGCGGCAGCCAAGACUACCACCCCGGCCCCCGCUGCCUCGGCCGCCGCCGUCGCCGCGGCCGCCAGCGCGGCCGCCGCCGGGUCCAAGAGGGUGCAGCGCCGCCGGAGGGUCAACCUGGACUCCCUAGGCGAGAGCAUCAGCCUCCUGACAGCACCCUCGCCUCAGACUAUACAGCUGACUCUCAAGAGGACAUUGCAGUAUUAUGAACAUCAAGUUAUUGGUUAUAGGGAUACAGAAAAGAAUUUCCACAAUAUCUCUAACAGAUGCUCCUAUGCAGACCAUUCCAACAAAGAGGAAAUUGAAGAUGUCUCAGGAAUUCUUCAGUGUACUGCUAAUGUACUCGGUCUGAAGUUCCAGGAAAUUCAAGAAAGAUUUGGUGAGGAAUUCUUUAAGAUAUGCUUUGAUGAGAAUGAGAGAGUCCUUCGAGCUGUAGGUGGCACACUGCAGGACUUCUUCAAUGGCUUUGAUGCGUUGUUGGAACACAUUAGGACUUCUUUCGGGAAACAGGCCACUCUGGAGUCACCAUCUUUCCUGUGCAAAGAGCUUCCUGAAGGAACUCUUAUGCUCCACUACUUCCACCCUCACCAUACUGUGGGGUUUGCAAUGCUGGGGAUGAUUAAGGCUGCAGGAAAGAGAAUCUAUCAUUUGAAUGUGGAAGUGGAGCAAAUUGAAAAUGUGAAGUUGUGCUCUGAUGGUUCAAAUCCACGCAAUUGUAGCUGUCUUUCUUUCCUUAUCAAAGAAUGUGAGACUAUUCACAUCACAAAGAAUAUUCCACAGGGUACUUCCCAAGUUCCUGCAGAUCUCAGAAUCAGCAUCAAUACCUUCUGUAGAGCCUUCCCAUUCCACCUGAUGUUUGACCCCAACAUGACAGUUCUUCAGCUCGGAGAGGGCCUAAGAAAGCAGCUUCGAUGUGACAUUCACAAAGUGCUGAAGUUUGAGGACUGUUUUGAGAUAGUCUCUCCAAAGGUUAAUGCCACUUUUGAAAGGGUCUUGCUGCGUCUGUCCACCCCAUUUGUGAUAAGGACCAAGCCUGAAGCUUCUGGUACUGAGAAUAAAGAUAAGGUGAUGGAAAUCAAAGGACAAAUGAUUCAUGUUCCAGAAUCAAAUGCCAUUUUGUUUCUGGGCUCUCCAUGUGUGGACAAGUUGGAUGAACUUAUGGGCCGAGGACUACAUCUCUCAGACAUCCCUAUUCAUGAUGCUACCCGAGAUGUCAUUUUAGUUGGAGAGCAAGCAAAGGCCCAGGAUGGCUUGAAGAAGAGGAUGGAUAAAUUAAAGGCCACCUUAGAAAGAACUCACCAGGCCCUUGAAGAAGAGAAGAAGAAGACAGUGGAUCUACUGUAUUCCAUUUUCCCUGGUGAUGUAGCCCAACAGUUGUGGCAAGGACAGCAAGUGCAAGCCAGAAAGUUUGAUGAUGUCACCAUGCUCUUCUCAGACAUUGUGGGCUUCACAGCCAUAUGUGCCCAGUGUACUCCCAUGCAGGUUAUCAGCAUGCUCAAUGAACUCUACACCAGAUUUGACCACCAAUGUGGAUUUUUGGAUAUUUACAAGGUGGAAACAAUAGGGGAUGCAUACUGUGUUGCAGCAGGGCUGCAUAGAAAAAGCUUAUGCCAUGCCAAGCCCAUUGCUCUGAUGGCUUUAAAGAUGAUGGAACUUUCAGAAGAGGUUCUGACCCCUGAUGGAAGACCCAUUCAGAUGCGGAUAGGCAUUCACUCGGGCUCUGUGCUAGCUGGUGUGGUUGGCGUGAGAAUGCCACGAUAUUGUCUUUUUGGAAAUAAUGUCACUCUGGCAAGCAAAUUUGAAUCAGGAAGUCAUCCUCGGCGUAUCAACGUCAGCCCAACUACUUAUCAAUUAUUAAAACGAGAGGACAGUUUCACAUUCAUUCCUCGUUCCCGUGAAGAACUUCCAGACAAUUUUCCAAAAGAAAUCCCUGGGGUCUGCUAUUUCCUGGAGGUAAGGACUGGUCCAAAGCCGCCAAAGCCUUCUCUGUCUUCAUCAAGAAUAAAAAAGAUUUCCUACAAUAUUGGCACGAUGUUCCUUCGGGAGACAAGCCUCUGAGACCUGCUGAGGAUAAAAGACUCCUCCAAAAAGCACAAGCCCAGAACAUGGGUCCCAACGACGGGAGGAAGGGAUUGCUUCUCUUCCAAUGCUCUGUAAGAACAUACAGUACAGUUUCUGUGUCAGUGUCAUGCAAUAAUCCUUGAAACGGUGAAUAACUGCUGCCCCAAAAAAAGAAAGAAAGAAAACUGGAUAGUGGGAGGGAAAAUAUGAUGUAUUCAUCCAUAUGAGUGUUUCUGGUCAUAUGUAUUUUAUUUACAAGUACAGGCCCCUUUUCAAAAGUAACCAGUCAAUAGCAUCUGUGUUUUCUUGCUCAUCACCCAUGCAGGUAUCUCUUCCUAUAUAUUUGUACCACUUUUGAGAGCCAGUUUUGAAUUCCUACAUUUAGUCAACUGGUAGGUAAGGAUUACUCUCUAAUUAUCUUUUCCUGAAUAGACAUUCCAUACAUAAAUCAUGAUAGUGUGAUUAAACUUCCAAGCAGGAAGAACUCAGCAAAAUAUUUUAGGGAUAUUACCUAUUUUUAUAAAUAUAUACAUAUAUAUCUUCUUAUAGAUAAUUACAUUUCACAUAACAUGAUUAGAUAUUCAGAAUGUACUGUCGCAUUGUUGGAAUAUUAUGUGAUGUCAACCUACUAAUCUAAUAUAGUUUCACUUGUUUAUAGAGAUUAGUGCUUGGACUGAGAGUAUAUAUAACCAAGGAUAUCAGCUGUUGAGAAAACACGUAUCUGCUUAGUGAACGCACUUUUUAGAUUUAUUUAAUGUAGCUUGGUGUCCAGAGGAAAUGGAAUUUUCUAGUAGCAGAUAUAUCGGUAACUAAGAUUCAGUAAAGAUCUCUUGGUAAUCUUCAAAUGUGUAUCAGUUAAAACAAACUGCUUUGCAAUACUGAGCUCUUUUCCAGUUAGAAUGUAGGAUGUAGAUGGAGUUUUCAACCUGAAAUAGCAUCUUAUGACAUGAUAUAUUAGUAACUUCCCUUCCUGUCUUUACUGCUGCUAAGUACCAACUUCUAGUCUCAGACAAAUCCCUGAAGCCAGUGUUACUGACAAAAGCCUGUCAGGACAUUUGUUUUUUAUUGCCUAGACACAAAAAAAGAAAAACCCUGGAUUCCAUGGCUUUGAGACUCUUAAAAAGUAUAUUCUUCUGCAGUUUGAUAAGGCUUUUAAAGCAGUGAAUCUGCUCAGGAACACUGGAACAGGCCUAACUCCUGAUCUAGCAAGCACCAUAUAUGUACAGAUAGGUUUCCAUUGCAUGUUCUACUAAAAUGAUGGCCUGCUACCAAUAGCCAACACUGCAUGAAAAAAAAAAUUAUUAUAGGCUCACACUGAAAUUAGGAGUACACAGUGUGGCCAGAAUUUUUGUAUUUGGAAUCAGCUAUAAAAUCUAAACUUCUGAAGAGUUCAAUGACCUGGAAGCAUUUGUUGUUGAAAUAUUAGAGUGGACUUUUUCUUACUCCAGUAUAUAUACUCACUGAUAACUAUGUUUACUGGAUGCAAUAUACUUUUUUUCUGUUCAGGAAUUUGGGGCUGCAUUAAAGAUUUUAUAACAUAGUUUAGAUAAGAUAUAUAUUAAUUUUCAAUGUCGUCUGUGAAGGUUAAUCAAUGUUUUUACAUUCUUUAUUGUGUGACUUGAGAACUUUCAAAAUAUGCAAAGUACUUGUUUUAGUCAUGGUCUCUCUCUAAUUUGAGCUAUCUUCUUGCCCUGUUAUAUUGGAGACAUGAGUUCAACAAUCUUCACUUGGAGAAGGCAAGAUAUACUGCCUCCAGGUUCUAAGCUGUUUCCUGUUCCCCCUUUUCCCAGGCAUAGGUCUCUAUUUUUACAUCAUACUGAUAGAUGGCCAGAGCAUGCCUAGGAGGCUUUGUAGCCUGAAUCUGGUGUAUCCUCAUGAGAAUAAUAAUAAAUAAAUUUCUUCAAGAGACUUGGAUAUUAGCCCACCUCCUUCAAAGUAGAGGGAUUGAGAGGAUUUUCAGGGAGCGUGGAUGGAAUAAGCUAGAAACACAAAGUAGUCAUGCUCGUAUUGAAAAAAGUCUGAAGAAAGCUAAGAGUCUCCUUACUGUUGAGGAAAUGAAAAAAUAGCCAUGCUUACUGAGGCCAUUUAUGCCUAUUAUGUGCAGUAACUGUGUUUAUUAUGAUAUAUUCAAUCAUUCAAUAUUCAAUAAACAUUCUGUAACCAUAUGACUGAAAAAAGAUAUCCAAGGAACCAUCCAAUCUAUUUCUAUACUUUCUGCAAAGAUUUAUCUGAACAACUAUCUUAAACACACAGUUAUUCUCUCUGUAUUUAAGAAAAUAUGUGAGAAAUACACACACACACACACACACACACACCCCACACACAUGUGUGUGGGGUGUGUGUGUGUGCAUUUUUAAAAACCUACUAUUUGAAAUCCGCUCCAGUAUUCAGUGACUGGUUAUAGGUCUCAAAAGGGGAAUUUGUUCACUUAUUCUCAGUUUUCUCAAAUCAUUGCAAACUCUGCAUUUGUUUACAUUUGUUUACAUUAGUUUACAUAGCGAAGAAAUAGCCAUUACACUUCAGAAAUGUCACCUUAAAGAGUAUUGCAGAAAUCUAUUAUAUAUCACUGACAGGAACCUAUACUCUUCAAACACUAUAGUCUAAACAUAUUUCUGAAGACAGUCUGAGGAAACUGUCUAACCUUUUAUGAGUUUUCCAAACUAUUUCAAAUGACCAUAAUAGUUACACUGUUGCUGUAUGUGCUUGUGGGGCACUAUGUUAAAUGGUAAAAAUAAAUAAAUAAAUAAAAGUUUCUUUAUUCUGUUCAUUCUGACUGCAGUCAUAUAAGGUAGAAGCUAUGAAAAUUUAUACUUUCAUUUUUCCUGCACAAUGGAGUUCAUAUGCCCUACAUUAGAAUUUUUGACUGCAAAUAUGAGACAGUAUUUUGAUUUUAUUGACUAAUAUCUCUCCAUUGCUUUCAUAUGCUUACAACUCUUAGGAAUUGUGUACAUUUUAGUGUGUCAGGUUGAAAGGAAUUUAGAAAAGUCCCGAUAGAAACCAAGUGAUUGCAUAUUGGUGUAAUAUGUUUAGCUCACUGCAAAAAGAAUGAUUUCAAAUGCAGCAUGCACUUAUAGCUUCCCUGAUUGAAUAUUGGGUGGUGUAGCUAAUUUAGCAAAGGGACUUUGCAACUAGACAUUAUUACCAAUAGUUCCCUCAGGCAGAAGGAUCAUUUGAUGAGAAGAACACCAUCAUCUACAAAAAAAAUCAUCAAUUUAGCAUAGUUAUAAUCUCCAUAUAUUUAUCCAAAUCUUCCUAUAUAGAAUCUUUCUUAUGUAGUUUAAUAAACAACAGUGGCCACAAUGAAAGAGGAAGAUGUCUCAGAAACAUGGUUAGGCCUUUCAGCUGUAUGUAAUGAAGGUUAUCUGUGACCCAACUUCUAAAAUCUACCUCUGUAUGCAUUGUAUUUUAGACCCCUUUGGGUUUCUCUUUCAAUGCUAUAUUAUAUGUGGAGUCCAGUGAGCUGUGACCCAUAGUUUCGACACAGAUUGUGAUAUGUGAAAGUGGAGAAUUGGUCUGUGGAUUCAGCACACAUUAGUUCUUAAAAGUCUCAAACUUUCCUGUCUUGUGUAAUGACUGUGAUUUCAGGAUAGAUAUACAAGUUCAGAAAAUGAAAGUUUGUGCCUCUUCAGGGAAAGCAAAACAGGAUAUUAAAGAGUUAAACAAAAUAUCAUUCUCAAUUGCAGCAAUUUUUUUAAAUUUGCAAAUUCUUCCAAAGAGUUCUGGCAAUAAAGCAAAAGUACACAGAAACAAAGACUUUACAGAACCAUCAAGCUCCAUAUUCUGUACAGAAAGGGUGUUGCUGCUAACUGAAACAGUAUGUCUGCAGUUGUGCAGUGUUAAGAGUUAUUUGGAGUUUAUGACCAUCACCAUUGACAGUUGCUUGGCUUUAUGACUGGCUGAUGGGUGUUGUACAUGUUUAGGGCAGAAAGUAACAGUGGUGUAAGUUUUUGUAUUAUCAUGUUCUUUAGUAAGACAUGAGUUAUCUCUCCCUCACCCUUUUGUCCUCUGUGUGCUCAGCAGAUACAAUCUCAAUCCCUCAAGCCCAGUCUCCAUCAAAUAUCAUUUAUUCCUUACUUCUGAAACAGACAGCCAUAGAAAGAGUUGGUAAUGCUUGAUCAGGGGAGAUGUUGGACCUUCCUUACAACUGUGUACAGUCUGUUGGGCAUAAAUUGUGUCUGCACUUAUUCUCUUCCUUCAAAACACAGCCUGACUCUAAGUACUUCAUGUAACUCCUUGAAUAUUCCCUUGGAAAUAAUUUUACAUACAUGAGCUUUCAGUCAAUGCAAUCUGAUGAUUCGAAUCCUUGAACCAUUAUCAUACCUUAGUUUGGUUCUUUUUGUUAUUAGAUUGUAGACCUAUAGCUACAAAAUACAGUUAUUUUAGAGACUUCUAUAAGCCUGUGUAGAAAGUGAUAGCUCAAAUUCCUGAUGUAAGAGAAAAUAAAUUUGUUGGUUUUAGGGUCUAUUCUUACAUGAGUGUGCCUAACUCAAAGCCAACUUAACAUACACAAAAGUUGUGUUAACAAGAUGGAACAAUUUUUUGUUAAGGAAGUAAAAUGGUCUUAGGUGUUGGCUCAUGUCAGAAUUCCUGUGGUGGUGAAUGAAGAACAGCUGCUGAUAUUCUAGAUAGAAUAACAUAAUUUUGUCAGAGUCUAUUGAAAUAGUGUGCAAAAUUCCUUCCUCACACUUUAUUCAAAUAACUGGAACCUAAUCGUUAGUGCCCUGAUACAUUUCUGUUUCUUCUUUCUUCUUUUCCUUCCAUUGAUAAAAUAAGACAUUUAUAGGACAGGAACAAUCACAACUGACUGCAUCCCUUCAAAUUGUUUUAAAAAGUACUGAAUCUUGUGUGUGUGUGUGUGUGUGUGUGUGUGUGUGUGUGUGUGUGUGUGCAACGUGCACACAUAUGCUUGUGUGUGCAUAUGUGCAUGUGGUUACUGAAUCUAAAUGGAAUGUCAUUUGGGGAGGACCCGGGAAUGUGUGGAAAUGGUUUGUCUUUGUCUUUGUUCUGGUAUGUUGUGUGUCCUUGUCGUAUGCUCAGUCAAAUGCGUCAUUACUCUUUCCUGCUACCCUAGUUUAAUGACUCAGCUGGUCUGCUUAAAAGUGUCUGUCUGGCUCCAUAAGAAUUACCUAGGAAAUUAAAAAUGUGAAUUCCUGGGUGUUUUCUUCAGAGACUUGAAUUCAUCAGGUCUCAGGACCCAAGAAUCAGCAUUUAGGAAAUCUCUCUAGGUGACACUGAUAUUACACACAGAUGUUACAUACAGCCAGAUGUAGGGAUUAUUGAAAAGCACACAUACAGUCUCAAUAGCUACAAGUUAACACAAGUUGACUGAGAUAGCAAUAUAUUAUUUAAUUUAUAGUUAUUUGAAUAUUUAAAUGCUCUCUGGGUUACUUGCUAUUAUUUCUGUCAUAAAUUUUGAGUUUAGCUUUGGUUUCAAAUACUUAGUCUGCUUUCAGAGCAUGAAUCUUCUUCAAACUUAUUAGGGAUAGAAGUCAGCACUGAUAAGCUUGAGGGAUGAAUAUUGCUCACUAUAGGGCUAUUAGGCAUACUAGCUAUUUUCUUAGUUACUGCCAAAGCUGUGCAGUACAUUAAUUACAUUUGCUGUCUCUCACCACCAAGGUACAGAGAAUGAGCUUAGGACACAGGCAUGUAUUGAAGCCUUACUUCAGAAUGCUGUGAUCUAUGUUGUAAAAGGACACCAAGUUAAUACUUAAUACUUUGUCUCAUCAUGUACAUUACACAUAGGAUUUUAUACUUGUCUCAAAGUAACUUUGUAGCAAUACUUUAUAACAGUCUUUCAAGCAAUAAUUUAAGCCAUGGUAAUAAUGCCAUACAUAAUGAUUUCUGUGCACUUCACCAAACUUUUGAAGAAAUAGAGACAUGGUUUCCAUAAGCAAUAAUAUUGGUGGUUUGGAACUUUUAAAGUUAUUUGGUGUUUCCCUCAAAAUGAGCAGCAAGGGUUGAAUAAGAUUUUAAAAACUGAACAAAUAGUAUUCUAAUCCAUCUCAAAAGUCACUCAUUUACAGACAUGUAGUGUAUUUCCAUCAGACUAUGUCAGAUACAUAAUUUACAACUAUUUUAUUGUGAUUUCUCUUUCUCUCAAAGACAUGUACUAUUUGUAAAUUGCCCAAAUCUUUGAAUCUCUGUAGUUUAUACCAGUGAGCAACAAGAAUGUAUAAGUGGAAGUAGCGUGUAAGUUGGAAGAGCUGAUUGAGAAAGCAAACUUUGCUGAAACAUCCAUAGAUCUUGGUUUGAGAAGGUCUUAAAGACUGAAAAUAAAAAGAGCAGAGAGAUUUCUAAAGGUAUCAAGACUAGGAGAAGAGGUUUUUAUAGUGGACACUUCUGAUUUAAUGAAUGCUAGGUGACACAUUUGGUGUGUGUGUUACUCUUGUGGGUUUUGUUGUUGUUGGUGGUGGUGGUGGUGGUUGUGGUGGUGGUUUUGUGUUUGUUUUUUUAAGAAGGAAAAAAAACAAACUAGCCAUUUUCAGUCAUCAAAUGAGACAGUGCCAGGGCUUCAGCAGCUGUGAGUCUCAGUGAAGCUGCAUUUAUAAGCUCACAGAGCUAUAAAGAGCAACUCUCUGAAGGUGGCAGAUAGGGUGAGUCUUGGUUACAGUGAUGACAGUAAAUAGAAGUGUCAGAACAUCUGAAUCUCCAAAACAGAGAAGGCCAAACACUGUUUCUGCCUUAUGUCACAGAAAAGUCUACUGAAUGUAGCACAGGACAGAUAGCCAGUGGGCAAGGGGCGUUAAACAGAACAUUUUCUUCUCUCUUUGAACAUGUUUGGAUGAGCUAACAUUCAUUAAGAAGACUGUUUUGUACAUUGCACUCCCCCUCACCCCUGGCAUUAUAGAAAUGAUGUUUUCCUUAUUGGGAACUUCAAUCCCAAAGUCUGGAAAAUGUUUCAUGCCCUAAAGCCUGUGCCAUCAUCUUUGAAGCUAUUCCAUAUUUCAUACUUUCUCAGCCUGCACUAUGUCUGCUAACAAAGCAAGAACUGGGCUUCUGAAAGGAGUAAUUCCUAGGUGUGCCCAGACUCAUCCUCCUCUGGGAUGCUCCAGAGAACUAGAGGUAAGAAGAGAACUCAGAACAGUGUUCAGGGAAGAAAUGAAGGUACUCUCUCUGCCUUCUAAAUUUGAAAAAAAAAGCUGAAUAGCCUGUUAUUAUCACUCAGAGAUUUCUUAAUUUCUUAUAACUGGUUACUUCAUGCAGAAUUCAUUUAGGAUCAAAUAUUUAGGAGGAGUAGGCUCCUCUCCCCUCCCCCAUUUUUAAUGAGAAUCAUCAGUCAUAGAAAUAAUUUAGGAUACAGAUUUGUUAUACUGAGUCAGCUCACUUGUAUAUAAACUUCAGAUUUGUUAGGGUUUAAAAAAAAAUAUUUCCUAAGAUGCACCAAGAGCUUUAGUGAUGAGAAACUAAUUCUUUGACUUAGUCUCUCAGGUUUUAUCCUAUGAUAAUAAUACUUAAUUAUGUAUUAAUUACAUUUCAAUGAUUUUUAUUCUUCCAUGUUUUCUAUGCUACAGGCAAAAGUUAUAGAGUUGUUAUAAAUAAGAUGAACUUACAAAUUGUGGCAUUGAACCAUAUUUCUCUAGUUGGACAGUCUUCUUGCACUUGAACUGCUAAACUAUUUCUGAGGUUGAUAGUAAAAGUCAAAAGUAGUGCGUUCAGUCUCGUUCAUAGUAAGGAACCUCAGAAUUGUCAGACAAAAACCUGAAAUAAAAGCCAGCUACCAACUGCAUCUGAAUCAUUGGAAUAACAGAGUAUUCCACAUCAAGCCUGGCUAAAAAGAAUCCAUUCAAGCCGGGUAGUGAUGGCACCUGCCUUUAAUCCCAGCACUUGAGAGGCAGAAGCAGGCAGAUCUCUGUGAGUUUGAGGCCAGAGUGAGUUCUAGGAAAAGCUCCAAAGCUACACAGAGAAACCCUGUUUCAAAAAAAAAAGAGUCCAUGCAUUUCCACAUCCAAAGAAAUGUCAGUUCUAAGAGCAAUUCUGCUUUCUUGGCUUUUCAGGAAGCAUUUGAAUUUCUUCUGUGUCACUGAUUUUCAUUGCCAAAAGAGAAAUAGCUCUUAUUCUGAGAUUUGACCAGUAUAUUUGAAUGCAACCACUUAAAAGUUCCUCAUUCCCCACCCCAAGUGCUGCUAGCUAAAUAUCUCCAGAGAAUAAAGCAAAAUAAUGAAGAAUUAGCAACAAUGUGAACUAAUGCAAUUUUUUGGUGUAAAUUUCCACAUUGGAACCAAAAGCUAACCUUGAUUUGGAGGUGGAUACUCAGACAAAUAUUUUUUGUAGUCACUGGCAGAAAAUAGUGACAAAAAAGAUCAAACCAUCUCUAAUCACUGAAGUCUAGAUAUUGUACAGGAUUAUAAAACUGUCUAAAGGAAUUCAGCAGGAAUUUUAGAAAAGUUCCUGAAUUUUUGCUGUUGUGUAAGGUAAUUAUGGGUGGAUAGUAACCAAAAUUAUCAUCCCUUUCAUUUUAAUUAGUUUGAAGUUUGUCACUUGGCACUUGCAAAAUUCAGAACUAUCAUUUGUUAUGUGACUCUGUGACCUAAAACAAUGGUUACCUCUUGCUUUUUCUUUUGAUCCUUAAAACACGUUUUUUUCUGUCUAUGAAAUAUAAAUUAUUAUCUGUCCAUAAAAGUUGUCCUAAUUUUUUAGCAUAUAUAAAAUAUUUAGGUGGAUGAAGCUGAAGGGAAUGAAAGAGUAAGAAAGAGGCCCCCUGAGAGGCCACUACAGGGAGGACAAAGAGGAGACAUUAUUUGCUUACAUUAAAAUUAUGUCUGUAGUCUGUCCUUGUUAACCUAAGAGAAAGCUGAGUUAUUGAUAUGGGUAUUUCAUUACAAUUUUCUUAAAUAACACAAUAUUUAUAUUUAAAAAACUGUGAUAAAAUAAUGUAUAAAAUUCAGCAUGUCUAAAGUUUUAGAAAACAAACAAGGAACUUAAUAAAACCACUAAUUAGAACGACUAUUUAAAGGAAAAUAACAAUAACAAAAUUCUUCAUCAAAUAUGUCCACCAGUGCCAUAAUUUAGUUCUAUUUGGAAAUUUUAGUGCUUUAUCUUCAAUUGGUAUUUGUUACAUGACAAAUCAAGCUAUAAUAUACCCCUUAUGAUAUUAUGAGAAGCCUUACAGGAAUUUAAAUAGCAUCUGCAUCAGCUGUAGUUGCAACUUAAAUAUGAUAUAUCUGUAUCAUUUCUGAAUAAAUCUCUCAACAAAAGUCUGUUGAAUGGAUUGCAUACAUAGGUACUAUGUAGGGCAACUAAUCAAGUCUAUAAAUGUGUUGGUGUUUUUAAUUCCUGUACUCCUCUCUCUCCAUUUUAAAUCUUAUACUUCUCUUCCCUCCCUUCCUUCCUCCCCUUACUCUAUCUUUUCUGUCUCUGUUUCUUCAUAACUCUUAUAAGGUACAUAAAAGUAGUAUUUCACUCUUUUGAGCUGAGGCUUCUUCUUUCCACAUUCACAUGACAGAACACUCUGUAGACUGGUGAGGUUAUGAGGAAACAAUUAGAACUUAGCAGAGAUCGUUUGGGAAGAGAAGUGAAUGUGACUUUGGACUUUGGCUGCUGAAGGCUUUGUCAUACAAGAGAAACAUUGGUCUAUACAAACAUCUUUGAGGUCUCAUGUGAAGUAUCAAAAUCAGCAUUUUAAAGCUCAUGCCUUUUGCCCUGUGUGUCUUCAUUUAGAAAAAUCUUUUCAUAGUUAAAUCUUCACAUUUUCAUGAGACUUAAGAAUCACACUGCUAAAUUAAAUACUGAAAUAGAAAAGAAGCUUUUCUGAAAGUGGCUUUCAAAAUGAUAGGUACAUCAAAUGCAUUUUAAUUUCACUAGCUCUUUAGGUAUAAGGGAUACACUGACAAACUUCUUGGAUACUGAUCAAUGAAUCAGAUUGGCAUGUUAUAGUGUUUCUAGUUCUUGGAGUAUCUGAAAACAUUCUACACAGAAUUUAUGUCUAUUCUGUUGAAGAAACAAUAUGCGGUAGUCUCCAUGAUUCUUAGAUCUAUGCCCAUAACUGUCUUAAGCACAAUUUUGAUGUAGUCACUACUAUAAAUGAAUUUCCAUAGUCUGAAAUUUAAAAAACACCUAAUUUUGAUCAUUUUAUAUUGUUAUAACAAGGGGUCAAUCAUUAAUAAAUCUCAAUCCAAAACCAUUUAAUUUUCAGGGAAAACUGGAUAAUGUGUAGCAAUGUAUUUGGUUUUUAAAGGAAAAUAAUUCAAGUAUCCUAGGUAUACUAAAGAAGCAGGCAAAAAAGGAAUUUUAGGAAACACAUCUCAACAUUUGAAUAAACUUUGAACUUUUAAAAUCUUGAGUUUUCCCAAAUUGAAAGUGUUAUUAUUAUACUUAUAUAUCCCUGUAUGAAUAUUAUAUUCCAACUUCCAUAGAAUAACUUUGUAUUCUCUAGUGGGAUAAGCGUAUCAUUAAAUUUUCCUCUUUAGGAAGAUAUCUUUUUAAAAUCAAACAUCCUAUACAUUGUAUUUCCGUUCCUGGACUUAGAAUCUGAAGUCUUGUGCAUGCCAGGCAAGCAGUUCAUCUGGGAACUACCCUCCCAGCUGCAACUUUUUGCAUUUCAGUUCCCAUUUCUAAUUAUAUUCUUUGUUAUGCACCAGAAAUCUUAAAUUCUGAUCACAUAAAAAUGAAGGUACAAAUUUCAAAAAAAUUAACAACUCCCAACAGCAACAGCUUUGCUCAUCAUCUUUUAUUUAUCCCAUUCUCCACUCUGAGCUUGAGAAAUGGGAGAAUAAUCACCAAAUUGAAACUUACGUGGCUAUUCUUAUGAUUUUUCCUCAUUAAGCCCUCUUUAGUCUCUAAAAUACAGCCAAUCUUAACACUCAAAUAUCUUUACCAUUUUCAUUUAUUUAGGGAAACAGUUUAAAAGUGAUUUUUCAAAGGAAGAAAUAUGGAUAAUGCAAUUAAGAAAUUAAGCUGUGAGCCAAAGCCCCAUUUUUCACUCCCUGUGGUUUUUGCAAUCGACUGAAAAUCAACUUCUAAGAUUCCAGUGUACAAAAUCUACAUGCUACUGACCACAAAAUUUAAAGCAACAUUUACUUUAUUAGGAAAUCUAGUCUUGCUGUCACAGUAGGCCAUAACAUGAGACAAUUCAGGAGGUUUGGUAGGAAAAUAGUCCAUGAAGAGAAUUGUAUUUUUGUUGAUGUUAUCAGAUGACCAAUUUGUUUCAUUUAGAACAGAAAGUAAUCUUCCAAAGAGUUUGCUUUGGAAAAAAUUAUAAGUAUUGUAAUGGCUUCUGGCACCUACACUACAUCUUUAGUAUUCAACUGACUAACCUGUCUCUUUAUGCUUCCAAAACAUACCAAUUAAAUGCAUUCAGAGAUACAUAUCAUUCCUCAUUCCAAAAUCAGCCUACCUGAAUUCAGACUGUUUAACUGUGAGUUGCCAUUUUUUAAUACCAAAGGGUUCCUUUUCCCAAACAGUACUUUAAAUAUCAAGCUUAUCCUGCUCAUUUGAGUACAUAAGACAAUGCACCGAACAUUCAGCACCACAUAGUAAAGACUAGGUUUCUGUGCUAACAUAAAGACAUUGUUAUUAUGUGCUAGGCUUUCGUUGCUGUCCUCUGCAUGAGGUAAUUUUUUUACUUAAAUAAAUACCUGAGUUAUUUUAACAUUUUGGUCCAUUUGUUUGUUGCAGUCUCAUGGGUCUAAAAUUUGGGCUUGGCUUGCUGUAAAUAUACAUAUGCUAUUUUGCUAGCAGAUUGCACUUUGUGAAUCAUUUCUUUUCAAAAUAAUCUAGUUAUCGUAAACAUAAAUUAUAAUAUCAUCAAAUAAUACCUGGUAAAUAUAUUAUUAUAUAUGUAGGGCAUGGUUAAAUUACAUAUAUUUUGAAAUGUCAAGCUAUUUUUCAUUUAUUUUUAAUGAAUGCAUCUCUUAAACCUGUAUCAUUAAUUUUUUAAAGUUUCAUUUCAUGUUUCAAAUUAUAUUUCAAAGUAUUUUCUUUUCUCUAAUAGCACAGUUUUCAAGAAAAAAAUUGUGAUUAAAAUGAUCAAAUAUGCUUCAUUUCACUAGAAUUUUAAGAAUAGUACCUGUAAAUAUAUGACAGUAAUUAUUACUUAUAAACAUCCACUAUAUCUUCUUUAUUUUUCAUGUAGCACGACUUUUUACCUGUUUGCUUAUUUUAUUUGUUAUUGUCCCAAAUUAUACACAAUGUAUAUAUCCUUCUUCAUGAUGGAGUAGUUAUUGUAUUGCAGACUGCAGAACAAGGUGAGUUUGUAUGUGUAAAAAAUAAUUGAUGGGCAUCUGAGAUUCUUCAAAAACAAAGUGGAAAUAACCAAUGUGUGUUAUAUUUACAUGAUUCAUUACAGAACUGUUCAAAUCAUGCGUCAUUCACCUUAAAAGUUAAAACUGUCACUUACAUAGUAUUUAAAUCAAUAAAUUAUACAGAUGAAAGGA